AGUGAAUCAACCUCCGUCAUCAUAAAUCUUCAACAACAAAUAAAGAGAUCGCCAACGUUUUUCCCAUAAACCAAAACUUGGAAUCUCGGACCCUUUUUUUCGUUCCGUACAUAUUCUUCGAUCAUCAUCACUCCUCAACUUCAUCACCAUUCAUUCAUUCAUUCAUUCAUUACUCAGCAUUUCCUCAUCUCACUCUCACCCGGCCGGCAGUUAGUUAUACUGCACCAACUAGAAAAAAUACGUGUAAUAUUGUGUCGAUCACAACCAUCACGAAAACCAUGACACGGUCAACAUUCACAACUAUCACACCCUUGCCCUUAGACAUAUCCCGAGAGCAUGUAGUCGAGUUUCUCCACGAUCAUCUCGCCAUGAUCGACCUGAAUCCCCUCAUUAUAGAACGCCACCAAAUCCCUCCUCCGCCACACGCCCCGGACGAUGAGAAGAAGUGUGUAUGGUACUCCAUGACGGAUCGUAUCGACUACCUCCCCGGUGGUCUUGUCUCCGGACAGGUCUCUUACACCGCGGCCUUCUUCGACUCUCCUGAUGGUCUGCAGACGCACAGCUACGCUCCUAUGGGGCUUGAUCUCCGUGGGCGUUGGUCUGUAGGUGGCACGAUGCCAGGAGAGCGCCCGCAGCCUGUUGAGCUUGGUCUCGGUGCGCCUACUACGGGUCUUUAUCUCCGUGAGGAUGUUGAUAUGCGCUGUAACAUGCUCAUGGUAGGGUUUGUCAAGAAGACUAUUAAGAAGUCACACGGAACACUGGUUGAGAAGUUAUCUCAGAAGACCUCCAUGAAGAUGGCAAGACACUCUAUGCAAAACUUCGGAACUAGCUCCCCAGGAAGUCUUCAAACGCCAACCCCUACAGGGUCUGAAUCCUCAGCAGUACCGCCUGUGGGACCCCUUCUCCCGCCUGCCGUGAGCAAUGACCAGCGCGGGUUUGCCCCGGACCUAUCUUCACCACCUGUCUAUGGCCACGGCACACCCUCUUCAAAUAUGGGCAACAUGCAUCCGCAGAGAAGCGGCGGUCUGGUACCCCCUGGACAACCUCAGCGACUAGAUUCGAAUCAGUCAGGUCUUGGUCAUGCAGGACCUGUCUACCGUGGCAACAGUAGGCCUGAUCAUUACACCGAGUUCUCAGAUCAGAACCCCUACGAUAGCUCACGGACUCCAUACGAUGAGCGGGAGCAUUUUGCGGAACUAGACGAUGGCACCCAUAAUCAUCCUCGCCGCCACGAAGAAAAGUCAGGGCCCGCAGAGCUAGCUUGAGGCUUGCAUGCAGCAGCAUAUCAUCACCGAUCUAUGUUUCUUUUUGGUUUGGAGCAGGGGUGUUAUUUCUAGUCUGGACUAU